GGAGAGCCGCGCGUUCAGGAUCCAGCCCUUCCAGCGCGACGUCACGGCGCGCUAUAAGCAUAAAGCGCCGACUGGCUCCGAGCGCAGUCUGCUGGAUACCACGGAGUGGAGAGAGAGCGCGAGAGAGAGGCGAGCCUUUUUGAAUCUCUGCGGUGCAGAGCUGGAAAAGCAGCUUCUCAGCGGAAAAAAAUAAGAAUUCAGACGCCCUAUUUUACUCCGCUUUAUUCGCUUUCUGUUAUUCUCCUGGAGAAAAAAAAACGGACUUAUAACCCGAAGAAGUCGCGACGAGGACUGGUGCCCGUUUCAGCGAACAGACGUGGUAUUGCUUUUAUUAUUAUUAUUUAUCUUGUUGUUUUUGUGUGUGCGCGUGUGUGUGAAUACACACUUCUACUGAAGGGACUGAGUUUUUUUUACUUUUGCACUGAGAGUCUUUUUGCUUCCUACCUCCGGCCUGGUCUCUCUGCCAGAUUAUCCCAGCAGAAGUAGGCUACAUGACGCAAAACCCGUGUGCAGAGCUUUAGAGCGAAAGUUUUCCUCCACUACUUUUUUUUUUUUCAUUUUUCCUUUUCUCUUUUUUCCUCCACCGAUCUCACGGUGUUUCAUGCUACAGCAAGUCUGCGCACAGCGGUGGAGGAGCCCAAAGAACUAUUGCAUGAAACAAGAGAGGAGAGAGAGUCACCAGUCGGUUUUCGCAACGCUCGCGGGCACCUCCGCGCAUCUGCAGAAGAGCCGCGGCGGCAGCAUGAGCGCGGAGAUGAGCAUUGGCCCGGAGCUACCCAGCAGCCCUCUGGCUCUGGAAUACGUCAACGAUUUUGACCUGAUGAAGUUCGACGUGAAGAAGGAAGGCCUGGCCGGGCUGGAGCGCAACGGGGUGCGCCAGUGUAACCGACUCCAGACGCAGGGCUCCGUGUCGUCCACCCCGAUCAGCACGCCCUGCAGCUCGGUGCCAUCCUCGCCCAGCUUCAGCCCCACGGAGCAGAAGAGCCACCUGGAGGAGCUGUACUGGAUGCCGAACGGCGGGUACCACCAGCAGAUAGACCCGCAGACGCUGAGCCUGACCCCGGAGGACGCGGUGGAGGCCCUGAUCGGAGCCACGGCUCACGGCCACCCUCCGCCUCCGCACGUCCAGCAGCAGCUGCAGCAGCAAGGCACCUUCGAGGGCUACAGGGGGGCCCCGCACCACCAGCACAGCCACCACGGCCACGGCCAACAGCACCAUCACCCGUACGCGGGGGGCAUCCCGCACCACGGCGACGAGCUGUCCGGGCACCCGGGCGGACACAGCCACCCGCACAGCCAGCACCAGCACCACCACCACCACAGCCAGGACCCCGACAGCCCGUCCCCGAUGUCCCCGGACUCCCACCAGUCGCUGCAUCACCACCGCCAUCACCACCACCAUCUGGGCCAGUCGGCGGGGCACCACGGCUCCGGGGGCGGACUCAACGUGGAGGACCGCUUCUCCGACGACCAGCUGGUGUCCAUGUCGGUGCGGGAGCUCAACAGACACCUGCGGGGCUUCACCAAGGACGAGGUCAUCCGCCUCAAGCAGAAGCGCCGGACCCUGAAGAACCGGGGCUACGCGCAGUCCUGCCGGUACAAGCGGGUGCAGCAGAAGCACGUGCUGGAGAACGAGAAGACGCAGCUGGUCGACCAGGUGGAGCACCUGAAGGCGGAGAUCAGCCGGCUGGCGCGCGAGAGGGACGCCUACAAACUCAAGUGUGAGAAACUGACGGGGUCGGGGCCCAACAACGGGUUCCGCGAGGCCGGCUCCACCAGUGACAACCCCUCAUCUCCAGAGUUCUUCAUGUGAGUCAGUCCUCGCAAACAACCCACCCCCCCCCCACCCCCACCUUUCCUUUCUCCACAAAUGACUGAACAAAACGAUAAUAAUCCAGAGCUCCCAUACUGUUUAUGAUUAUACUAAUAAUAACAAUUAUAUUCAUAUUAGAAGAAUAAUCCAUCAGAUAGUAUUCUCAUAUAUAAUCACCUCUCCAUCCACGUGUCAACUGAGAUACAAAGAGCAACGUAGAUCAGUCGCAGCAUCUUUGUAGAUUAGUUGCUUGUAGUGAAGAGACUUUUUUUCCUCCUCUUCCUCAUCAAAGAGGAGGAAGAGGAUCGGCUGAUGAACUGUUUUUUUUAAUUUUUCUCCAUUUUGAGGCUACAGCUUUGAGAUGACCUGUACGUAGUGAUGGCGCCGAGGCCGUUGUCUUGUAAUUUUUUUAUUUGUUUUUGCUCUCCAAGAUGAUGACAUUGUUAUGACACAACGAGCAGGCCGGGGCUCGCGACCCACAUGCGACAAGUGGGCGCGUAAAAAUCUGAGAAAAUCUCCAAGACUCCACUUUAUGCAAAUUUUAACUUCUGUGUACUAACAUGUCACGAGGA